UUCGCGGUGUUGUUGAACGUGUGUGCGGGUUGUAGGCAGGUCAAGGUUGAGAAAUAUGGUUCCAAUGGAUGUCAUUUUAAUGACAUCAUCGGUGCCUGCUAUAAUUAUAAUGGUAGUGCUUUUGUGUAGGUGAAAAGCUUUAUGACAUUUUUACCUAUUUUAAAUUCACGAAGAGUUUUAGUAUGUUUUUUUUCUUUCUGUUUCUGUCUUGCAGUGAAUGCACUAUAUUUUAAGAAGAGAAUUCAUCUAGCGGAUCUUGUUUAUUUUAAAAUUUAUAAGCGGUAAAUCUAGACGAUACAAAAUGGCAUCUACAAAUGAUUUAAUAGAAAUGAGUCCUCAACAAUCAAACAUAACAGAUGGAGAUUCUGAUUAUGAAGAUUUACCAUCGCCUGAUGUUGAAGAUGAUACUGAUGAAAUUUGCCAUAAUAAUGAUUACACACUUCCUAGUUUCAUCAAAAUUCAUGAUGUGCCUUUAGCUUUCAAAGAUCCAUCUGUAAACAUGUUGAUACCUGGCUGUCCAGUAAAUGUCAGAAUUGUAGAUAUUGAGCGCCAUCCUGCAACUCAUAUGCUUAAUCCAAAUUUGUAUGUUUUGGAAUUGCAACAUGGCCCUUAUCAGUGGACUAUAAAGAAACGGUACAAACAUUUUCAGCAUUUACAUCAGCAGUUGAGCCUUUUUAGGGCAGGUUUAUCAAUUCCUAUUCCUACUAAAAGACAUAAAGCUCGACGGAAAAGUUGUCGCAAAGUUGAUAGAAGACGCCUUCCACGAUUUCCAAAAAGACCAGAUGCAUUACUUACUAGUGAUAAAAUUCCUGUUCGUGCCGAACAGCUAGAAGAAUACUUAAAAAAUAUUCUAAGAAUACCAUUGUACAGAAAUCACCAUGAGACGAUGGAUUUCUUGGAAAUUUCACCCCUUUCAUUUGUAAACUGCUUAGGAAAAAAGCGAAAAGAAGGUUUAAUUCAAAAACGUUCUGGUGGGCAUAGAACAUCAACUGGAUGUUUUCGUCUAAAGCGAGGCUUCAUUGAUUGGUGUGGACGCUGGAGAUGGAGAUGGCUACUUAUCAAAGACCAUUUUGUUGCAUAUGUGAAACCUGAUGAUGGGCGGGUGAGAAGCAUUUUGUUAAUGGACCAAGGAUUUCGUGUGGAAUGUGGUUUUGUUAACACUGGCAUUCAUCAUGGACUACAAAUCUCCAACCUCUCCAGACAUUUAUUGGUAAGAUGUUGGACUAGAAGAAAAGCUAGAGAAUGGUCUGAAUCUCUACUUGAUGCAGCUAAAACAACAGCUCGUGACUUUACUCAGCCCAAUCGUCAUGGAUCUUUCAGUCCUGUGAGAAAUAAUUCUGAAUGCAGAUGGUUUAUUGAUGGUGCUACAUAUUUUGAAGCUGUGGCUGAUGCAUUAGAGAAAGCAAAAGAGGAGAUUUUUAUUGCAGAUUGGUGGCUGAGCCCUGAAUUGUAUAUGAAAAGACCAGUGAUGCAAGGAGAAAUAUGGCGUUUGGACCAUAUUCUCAAAAGAAAAGCUCAACAAGGAGUAAAGGUCUUUGUACUGCUUUACAAAGAAGUUGAAUUAGCUCUUGGAAUAAACAGUUUAUAUAGCAAGCAGCAACUUGUAAAUAUGCAUCCCAAUAUUAAAGUUUUGCGACACCCUGAUCAUGUUACAAAUGGUACUUUACUGUGGGCCCAUCAUGAGAAAUUGGUUUGUGUGGAUCAAACUUAUGCUUUUGUUGGUGGAAUUGAUCUUUGUUAUGGCAGAUGGGAUGAUUAUCAACACAGGCUGACUGACCUUGGUGGAGUUGGUAGAAAAAUUAGCCAAGGAACCUUGUAUGAAGAUGCAAAAUCUUUGAAGGCAACACCUUCUCCACAAUUAAGAAGGUCUCAUUCCAUGUCUGAGAUAGGAAAUGAGUUUAGUGGACUUAAACUCAUUGAGCCUACCCCACUUAUUGCAGCAGACAAAAGCAAAACAGAUUCCUCAGAAAACCUUGGAACAAUCAAAAUCAAUAUAGAAGGAGCCACUCCAGCAGGUUCUCAGAUUUUGACACCUUCACCUGAAGAAAAGAAAAAUUCUUUAGAUGAUCUAGAAUUCCCUUCAUCACCUAUGAAAGCUGUAGACAACGAGGAAUGUGCAAGAAAAAAAUAUUUGUCACGGAAACUGAAAGCUAAACGUGUAAUGCAAGCUGUUGUGCGAUUACAAGGUUUAAAAAAGCAAGUUCAUAAUAAAUCACUGGAAUCCAUCACUAAUUUUGACAGUCUGGAUUUGCCUGAUUCUGACAUGAGAAGAACUAACAGUGAAUUGGCAUUGAAUGAAUUGGGUUUACAAGGAAGUGCAAAACUGUGGAUAGGAAAAGAUUAUAUCAAUUUUAUUAUCAAAGAUUUUGAGCAUUUACAUAAGCCUUAUCAAGAUCUGAUUGAUAGGCAUACUACACCAAGAAUGCCUUGGCAUGAUAUUGGGUGUUUUGUUCAAGGAGCAGCAGCAAGGGAUGUGGCACGCCAUUUUAUACAGAGAUGGAAUUUUACAAAAUUUGAAAAAGCGAAAUAUUAUGACAGAUACCCAUGGCUUAUUCCAAAAUCAUAUGAAGGAUGUGAAAAUUAUCAGCGUUUGAGCAUCAGUUCGACUAAAAACCUAUUUUGUGCAAACUGUCAGGUUCUUCGUAGUGUUAGUACAUGGUCUGCUGGAAUGAAAACUAUGGAGCAUUCUAUACAUACAGCUUAUUUAGAUGUCAUUCGGAAUGCUAAACACUAUCUUUAUAUUGAGAAUCAAUUUUUCAUUACUCAAUCUGCUGGUCACAGAGAUGUACUCAAUGGCAUAGGGGAAGCACUCUUUCAGCGCAUUUUAUUAGCUCAUAAGAAUAAAGAAACAUUUCGAGUGUAUGUUGUUAUGCCACUUUUGCCAGCAUUUGAAGGGGAAAUUGGGACUGGUACUGGUACAGCUAUACAGGCAAUUACUCAUUGGAAUUAUGCUUCAAUAUGCAGAGGAGCUGAUUCUCUCUAUCAAAGGUUACUACAUGAAGUUGGUGAUCCUAACACAUAUAUCACAUUUUAUGGUUUGAGAAAACAUGGGCUUUUGAAUGAUAAACUUGUAUCUGAGCUGGUAUAUGUUCACAGUAAACUAUUGAUUGCUGAUGAUAGAACAGUUAUUAUAGGAUCAGCAAAUAUAAAUGACAGAAGCUUGCUAGGAAAUAGAGAUAGUGAAAUGUGUCUAAUAGUGGAGGAUGUAGAUUUUGAAAAAGCUGUAAUGAAUGGAAAGCCCUAUGAAGCAGGCCGCUUUGCAUGCAGUUUGCGAAGGACUCUUUUCAGGGAACAUCUAGGCUUGUUGGACAAAGGAAAUCAGGCAGUAGAUAUUAGGGAUCCAGUUUGUGAAUCCUUUUAUAAAGAAGUGUGGAUUAAGACUGCAGCUUUAAAUACAUCUAUUUAUGAAAAAGUUUUCCGUUGCAUUCCAUCUGAUGAAGUACAUACUUUUGCUGAAUUGAAAGAGUAUCUUUCAAAACCUACCCUAGCUGUCACUGAUCCAGAAGCUGCAAAGAGUUUAUUAUCUGGUACUCGAGGCCAUUUAGUCCUGGUGCCAUUCUUUUUCUUAUGUAAUGAAAAUUUGACUCCUAGUGCUGGUACUAAAGAAUCUCUAAUGCCAGUUUGCCUUUGGACAUGAUUCAUUUUUUCUACACAAUCAUAACUUAAGAAUUUAAAGUAUUAUAUUACUGUUUAAAGAAUCUCAAUUUAUUUUCUACAAUUUAUAAACAGCACAAAUUUUACAAUUGUUAAAGAGUUAUAAAAUGUUUAUUACUAUAUCUAUACCAGUUGCUGAAUUUAUAUUUUUGCACAAAAUGCUUGUACAAAAUUCCCUUUUCCAGCAUUUAUAUCAGUAUUUAUCGUAACUUAAAUUAUUUGUUGGUUAUUAUUUCUUUUCAUAACUUGAUUGAUUAUUGGUGCUAAUUUUAUUGGAAUUGUGUAGUUUAUCUUUCAUAUUGAAAGACUAAUACUGGUAUUAUUUUA